AUGAAGCUGCCGGCUUCCAUCACCUUCCUGGCCGCGCUUGGGGUGGCACUGGGAAAAGAGGAAGGGGUCCGGCGUGUGACGUGGGAGAGGAACCUGCGACUCGUGAUGCUGCAUAAUCUGGAGCACUCCCUGGGGCUGCACUCCUACGAGCUGGGCAUGAACCACCUGGCAGACAUGACCCGUGAGGAAGUGGCGGCUUUGUUAACUGGGCUGAACGUUGCUCCUCGGCCAAACCGUAGGAGCCAAACGUACCGACCGCAGCCUGGCAGCAAAGUCCCGGACACGAUGGACUGGAGGGAGAAGGGAUGCGUCACAGAUGUGAAGAACCAGGGUGCCUGUGGGUCAUGCUGGGCGUUCAGUGCCGUGGGAGCCCUCGAAGGCCAGGUGAAGCUGAAGACGGGGAAGCUGGUGUCUCUGAGCACCCAGAACCUCGUUGACUGCUCCAUGAUGUACGGGAACAAAGGCUGCAGUGGAGGUUUCAUGACCAGUGCUUUCCAGUACAUCAUCGACAACCAAGGGAUUGACUCAGACGAUUCCUACCCCUACACAGCUCAGAAUGGGACAUGCCAAUACAAUGCUUCCACACGAGCCGCCACUUGCUCCAAGUACGUUGAGCUCCCACAAGGCGACGAAGCAGCCCUGAAAGAUGCUGUAGCCAACAUCGGACCAGUCUCCGUCGCCAUUGAUGCCACCCAGCCCACCUUCUUCUUGUACAGGUCAGGUGUGUAUGAUGACCCCCAGUGCACACAGGAGGUGAAUCACGCAGUGCUCGUGAUUGGCUACGGCACCCUGAAUGAUAAGGAUUACUGGCUUGUGAAAAACAGUUGGGGUGUGCGUUUUGGUGACGAGGGCUAUAUCCGCAUGUCAAGAAACCACGCGAACCAUUGCGGGAUCGCCAGUUAUGCCUCUUACCCGCUAAUAUAG